GUUGUUAGUUUCAGCGCCGUUAUCAGAAUCAGAUGACAGAGCGUUGGUAAUCACAUUCCUUUUGUUUUAGUCUGUUUCCUCGUGGUGAUUUUCAGUGCAAUAGUUUUUCUCUGACCCUUUACAAUUAAUUAAAGUGUUGAGUGUCAUCUUAAAUUUGAAUUUAUUUGCGUUUCUAAGUUCUGCACUGACCAGAUUUGGACACCAUGGCUGAUCGGUUUAGGAGUAUUGAUGCCCAAAAGCUGUUGGCGGGCAAAAAAGUCCUCCUACUAGGCGAUUCCAAUAUUCGAUCGGUUUACAAAGAUCUGGUUUGGUUUGUUCAGCACAACAAGUUAAUUCCAGAUUCAGCCCUGAAACAGAAGUUAGAAAGGUCACAUGCUAAGGACCAGAUAGUCAAAGGUGAUCGCUUACACAAAGGGAGAGAUUUCACUGAGGACCGUUCCUAUCACGACCCUGAUUACGAUACUCUUAUAGAGUAUUCAUUCAUCACACAAUGUUAUUCUGAUAAUGUAGUUGGAAUCUUUGAAGAUAUUAAGAGUGGUGAACUGGAUUAUGAUCUUAUAAUUAUGAAUUCAACCAUCUGGGAUAUAAGCAGAUGGGGACCCAGGGGCAUUGACCUAUUCAAAGAGAAUCUGAUCAACUUGAUGAAACUUGUAUCAAGUAGUCUGCCGGAGAAAUGCAUGUUCGUGUGGCUGACGGCUCUUCCAGUCUCUCGGCAUAUUAGGAGCGUUUUUUUGGUUGAAGAGAUCCAUUUUCUUGAAAGUUUUGUGCGGUUCAUGAUCUUAGAAGCGAAUAACUAUGCAAGGCAGAUCAUUGGCACUUACGGAUACGAUGUGCUUGACCUCCACUUUUACAUGCGCAUGCAGCAGUUACACAUGAAAAAAGAUGGGCUUCACUAUGAGCCUGUCAUCAUGCGAUUCAUCUCAAACCUUAUUUUGACCCAUUGCAGUCUAUCGUGGAAUGUACGUCUGCCAGGCAAUGUCCAAAACAUCGCCUUGAAAAAUGUUGUGAGCCUUGCAUACAAGCCAGAUGGUUUCAAGGAAUAUAUCGAUGUUCAGAAUAUGCUGGAACAAAUGGAAAAAGUUGCUCCCAAUAAAUCGUCUGUCGGUUCGAAGAAAAAAUCCUCCUCAUGCAAUGAGCCCUCGCUGUUAAAAGUUUCUAAAAGCAUUGAUUCACCUGUGGUUUCAGUCGCAGACCAAAUUAAUCAGAGAAAGUUGCAUCCACUUUUAUCUGGAAGUGAAACGCUUGGUGAAGCCCUCCUUCAGUCCUCUCUACUCCCUUCCUUUGGUUCUAGCAGGAACAUGUUUGUUGUUGACGAUUCCUCCGUCCCUGCAGAAACACAAACCAAAAAUUUCCAAAUCAAAUCCAUCAACCAAACCGUACCAAAACCAAUCAAAUUAAUCAAUCAAACUAUACCAAAACCAAUCAAAUUAAUCAACAAAACCAAACCAAAACUAAUCAAAUUAAUCAACCAAACGAAACCAAAACUAAUCAAAUUAAUCAAUCAAACAAAACCAAAACCAAUCAAACUAAUCAACCAAACCAAAUCAAGUAUCCAAACUGCAAUCAAACGCAUCUCCAUCCCCAAGGCCACCGUAACAAACGCUGUUAGUAGCUCCUCCAAGUGUGCCCCAACUCGAGGUAAACACCAUCACGCCCCUUUGCAUCGGAAGAAUAAUGGACCUCUGCGUCCUGAGGAUUUCACUCGCCCUCCAGCAACUGUUACCAAUCAGUCUUCUUCCACUCCUCUUGGCCCCUCUCUGAAUAUUUCUGAAGCUAAAUCCAAUCCAAUUUCUCGUUUUUGUCAAGAGGAUAUUUCUCAAGUCAGUUCCCAAAGAGUCACUGAAUCAAGCCACACUCCCAAAUGUGCUUUGUGUAGAUCAUAUAAACAUGAUAUGUUCCGGUGUGCAAAGUGGCAAACUUCGCUUUUUGCCACUCGUUUGAGAUAUUUGGCAAGGUGCUUUCGUUGCACUAAGUGUUUGAGUCAAGAACACUCAACAUCUGGAUGCAAGAAUAAAGAAAGGUGCGGUUUUUGUGGAGAAGACCAUCAUACAAUGUAUCAUUCGAUCAGGAAAUCCAUCAGUUCCACACAUGCUGCGGUAGUGCAGCCCACUUCGCCUGCCUUGCCUCCAUCAGUUUCGUCUGGUCACUUUUUUUUGCCUCCAUCCACACAAAAUUCUCAAUAUGUACAAAAUGAUGCUUGCCUUCUCAGGUCUUCUGUUGAUGUAACCAGAUUUAGUCAAAUUCCACAUUCUUAUCAAGAAAUUGUGCCCUUGGCCAAUACCCAAUACUUUACACACAAUUCCAGCGUUACGUAUGGUGCUACAUACAAUUUCAGCGUUACGUUUGCUGCUCACCCUCCUGCUCAGAAUAAUCAACAGUGUUCAUUUCCAUCAGGAUCAUCUUAUCCAUCCCCUUCUAUUGAUAAUUUUCAGGCCAGCUACGUAGGCCAUGCCGGCGAGUCUAUUCCACUUCCUUCUUCCUUUCAAAAUGGUCUUCACUUUUACAGAUCCGAACCCAGUUCUUCACAUAAUCUUUCCUCUGUCAGCUCUGAUAAUCAUCCACCUUAUACUAAUGUCAGCCAUCCCAAUCCCCCUGCCCCCUCAUCCACACGAACAUCAGUCUUUGACAGACUUGACAAGUGAGGAGCCGAUUCUGUCCUCAAACAGCACAAUUUUUUUGCUCUCAGAGAUUUAAGUGAGAUUUUUUCUGUUUUCAAACUGAGGACUUUCCUGGAAAAGUAUCAAAGAA